AUGUCAUAUUGGUAUCCCUCAAGCACCAAUGCUAACAAUGCACAGAAUGGCGUCGGCUCCUUCAUCCUGCCCUGCAAGGCCCUCAGCUUCCACUACUGCAACUGGUGGGGCUCCUCGCGCGGCAUGAACGCCUUUAUCAAAUCCUCGCUGCCGGCGUUCGCUCGUAGCAGCCCACAGAUCGAAAUCACCGUCAGCCCGCGGCCACGGAAGCAUCCCGUCAUCAUCGCACACUACAUCAACGGCACGCAGCGAGCGAUCUGCGUCAAGAAUCUGCAAAACGACGGCGUGCGGGAGAAGGCGGAGAUUCUACGGAACAGCACGGGUGAGAAGAAUAGGAAGACGGGCAAGCCUGUGACCAGUAUCAACGAGAGCGUGAGGGGUAUUUGGGAUCCGUUCCAUGGGGCAAAGGUGCAGAUAUGA